ACAAGUUGCUGCCGUAGCGGAGGCAGAAAGCGCCUCUGCUUGGGAGAGCGCGGCUCUCGCUCCUUCUUUCGCCUUCCCCAGGCUACCUUGGAUGCUUCACCUCGCUUGCGGAUGAGAGCUGUGCUGCCUAUCGGGGGGAUAGCUCCCGAUUUGGAUGUUGCUGUUUCUGUGAAAACAGAAAACAAGGGUUGCAAGGGAAUGAGAGGGGAGACAAUGAAGAAGAACCGACCGGGAGAGAACCCCAGCCCCAAGCGCUUUCCCGAGAACUGACGGGUGUUUAGGGGCUGAGCGAUCCCGUCAGAGGCGGCGGAGGGAGCAAGCCUGCCUGCUCCGCGGGAGACUUCCCGGGACCGGCUGUUCCCUUCGGAUGCGGAUUGGGAAACCUGUAGGAAAUUCUCCCGCCACCCUGCGAAGCCACCAUGAAUUCAGUGGCUGGAAAUAAGGAGAGGAUUGCGGUCACGGCGCGGAGCAGAAAAUACGGGGUGACCGACCCCUGCUCCCCCACCAAGCCCGCCGCCCCCUUCUCCCCCGAGAGCUGGUACCGGAAGGCGUACGAGGAGUCCCGGGCGGGCGGCCGCCCGGCGCCGGAGGGAGCUGGCUCUGCCCUGGGCUCCUCCGGCACCCCGUCCCCCGGCUCCGGCACCUCUUCGCCGGGCUCCUUCACCGGCUCGCCGGGACCCGCCUCGCCCGGCAUCGGCACCAGCUCCCCCGGCUCCCUGGGCGGCUCGCCGGGCUUCGGCACCGGCUCGCCGGGCUCCGGCAGCGGCGGCGGCUCCUCGCCGGGCUCGGACCGCGGCGUCUGGUGCGAGCACUGCAACGCCCGCCUGGCGGAGCUGAAGAGGCAGGCGCUGAAGCUCCUCAUCCCCGGGCCCGUCAGCAGCAAGGACCCAGGUUUCUCUUCGGUGAUUCAUGAGAAGCUCCAAGUUCCCAAUACUAUUCGUAAGGCAUGGAAUGAGAAGGACAACAGGUGUGAUGUUUGUGCCACACACCUGAACCAGCUGAAGCAAGAGGCCAUUCAGAUGGUGCUGACCUUGGAGCAAGCUGCCAACUCGGAACAUUAUGAUGCCUCACCAGGCUCUCCCCCACCUCUCUCCAAUGUCCCCACGUUGGUGAGUCCCCGGCACAUGGGCAGCCUGCAGCCCAGGGACUGGGCAUACAUGCCUGCUCCUUAUGCUCCGUCUAAUUAUACAGGCUUUGUUGGCAACAAACACAGUGGAAAACCCAACAGCCUAGGAAUUGGAAAUGGGGUGGAGAAAAAAAAUGGCUCUCCUGGACACCAAGCCAAGGUCAGCUUCCAAAUGGCCACCAGCCCCAGCAAUGGUAAUGUUCUCAACUCAGUGGCUAUCCAGGCUCACCAGUACCUUGAUGGGACCUGGUCUUUGUCAAGAACAAAUGGAGUCACUCUCUAUCCCUACCAAAUAUCUCAGCUUAUGACAGAGACUAGUCGAGAGGGCCUGACUGAAGCAGCAUUGAACCGCUACAAUGCAGAUAAACCCUCCCUGUACAGCUUCCCUGCUUCCCAGAGCACAUAUGUUGCCAGUGAAGUAUCCACAGGCACCUCGGUGGCAGCAUCAUUUUUUGCCAGAGCUGCUCAGAAAUUGAACCUGUCUUCCAAAAAGAAGAAGCACAGGCCUUCUGCAUCAUCUGUUCCUGAAUCUCCUCUCUUCUCUACCUGCUUCAGCAGUAUCCUUCAGACUUCCCCACCCCCUGCACCACCAUGUUUGUUGAGGGCAGUCAGCAAAGUGAAAGACACUCCUGGUUUGGGCAAGGUCAAAGUCAUGGUGCGCAUUUCUUCCACACUUGCCAGAGACACGUCUGAGUCCAGCUCUUUCUUAAAAGUUGAUCCCCGUAAGAAGCAAAUCACACUGUAUGACCCAUUGGCCUGCGGAGGCCAGAAUGCUUUCCAGAAAAGGGGCAGCCAGGUUCCACCCAAGAUGUUUGCUUUUGAUGCAGUUUUCCCUCAAGAUGCAUCACAGGCUGAAGUAUGUGCUGGGACUGUGGCUGAGGUGAUCCAGUCUGUGGUCAAUGGGGCAGAUGGCUGCGUGUUCUGCUUUGGUCAUGCCAAGCUUGGAAAGUCAUACACCAUGAUUGGGAAGGAUGAUUCCAUGCAAAACCUUGGAAUAAUUCCUUGUGCCAUCUCGUGGCUAUUCAAGUUGAUUAACGAGCGCAAAGAGAAGACAGGAGCGCGCUUCUCGGUCCGGAUUUCUGCAGUGGAAGUGUGGGGGAAAGAAGAAAAUCUGAGAGACCUGUUGUCAGAAGUAGCUACAGGCAGCCUGCAAGAUGGCCAGUCCCCAGGUGUCUACCUUUGUGAAGACCCCAUUUGUGGCAUGCAGCUUCAGAACCAGAGCGAGCUCCGUGCCCCUACGGCAGAGAAGGCCGCCUUCUUCCUGGACGCCGCCAUCGCCUCCCGCCGCAGCAGCCAGCGGGACUGCGCUGAGGAGGAUCACCGCAACUCCCACAUGCUCUUCACGCUGCACAUCUACCAGUACCGCAUGGAGAAGAGCGGCAAAGGUGGAAAAGAUGUCAAAAAGGACAGCUCUGGGAGCAGUGAUGGGCCAAGGCCUGAUGCAGUCACGGUUUCAGCCAAGCCUGAGCACAGCAUAAAACAGUCCUCUGCAGAAAGGUUUAGCACCAGCAGUGGGGACACCUCUAUUUCUCCAGGAUCUGACAGUCUGAAAAGGAUUGUGGAUGGGUGUGAGGUGGCAACAUCCAGCUCUGCAACCCAAAGCCCUGUUCAUUCCAGCGAUGCCUUGAAGCAUUGUAGCCUGCCUCGAGGGCUCCCAAAGGCAAGCAAGGUGGAGGAAUCUGACGGUCAUCUCCAUCCUUCUUCUACUGACAGCAGUGGAGUCAGUUCUCCUGCCCUUCCCCAGUUUUCUAAGGCUAGUCUUGACAAGAAAAUGUCCUCUCCCAAACACUGCAUACUCACUCGUCCCAAAGGGACUCCUCCUCUACCACCUGUGAGAAAGUCAAGCCUGGAUCAGAAGAACAGAGCCAGCCCCCAGCACAGUGCAGCCAGCAGCACCACGAGCAGUCCCUCCAGCCAGCCUGUGUCCUUCCUGGCCAGCUUUCCCGAGGAGCAGAAUGCCAAACAAAAAGGCCCUGGCAUAGAUAGCAGCAUCAACAACAGCAGCAGCAAGCUCUUCAGUGCCAAGCUGGAGCAGCUUGCCAGCAGGACCAACUCCCUAGGGAGGUCCACAGGAAGCCACUAUGAGUGUUUGUCGCUGGAAAGAGCAGAAAGUCUGUCCUCUGUGAGCUCCAGAAUGAGCCCUGGCAGAGACACCACCAUGCCCAGGGCUGGAAGGAGCCUCAGCCGCAGCGCCAUGUCCUCACCCACCAACUCGGGCCUCUCCCAGUCGGCAGGUGCCUCCCCAAAAGCCAGCCAGUCAAAGAUCUCUGCUGUCAGCAAGCUCCUGCUGGCAAGUCCCAAGGCCCGCAGUCUCUCUGCCUCUGCCACAAAAACGCUCAGCUUCUCCACCAAGUCUCUGCCCCAGUCCGUAGGGCAGAGCUCCAGUUUGCCCCCAAGUGGGAAGAACAUGUCCUGGUCAAUGCAGUCCCUCAGCAGAAGCCGGGGCUCCAGCCUUGCUUCCAAAUUGCCUCUUCGAGCUGUCAAUGGGCGGAUUUCAGAGCUGCUCCAAGGGAGCACCAGUGCCAGAGGCGUCCAGCUGCCGGGAAGCUUGGAGACAGACGAGCGCGGGGGCCUUCCCGGAGAUGAGAAGCCAGCUGUUCACAUGCUGCCUUCACCUUACAGCAAGAUCACCCCUCCUCGGAAACCUCACCGCUGCAGCAGCGGCCAUGGGAGCGACAACAGCAGCGUCCUGAGCGGGGAGCUGCCCCCUGCCAUGGGGAAAACGGCCCUCUUCUACCACAGCGGGGGCAGCAGCGGCUACGAGAGCAUGAUGAGGGACAGCGAGGCGACGGGGAGUGCCUCCUCAGCGCAGGACUCCAUGAGCGAGAACAGCAGCUCUGCCAGUGGCAGGUGCCGCAGCCUCAAAACCCCGAAGAAACGAUUAAAUGCAGGCUCACAGAGGAGGAGGCUUAUUCCAGCAUUGUCCCUCGACACCGCCUCCCCAGCAAGGAAGCCUGCCAACAGCCCGGGGGUCCGCUGGGUGGAUGGGCCACUGCGGAGUGGGCAGAGGGGGCUGGGGGAGCCCUUUGAGAUCAAAGUCUAUGAGAUAGAUGAUGUGGAGAGGCUCCAGCGACGGCGAGGUGGGGACAGCAAGGAGGUGAUAUGUUUCAAUGCCAAACUGAAAAUCCUGGAGCAUCGCCAGCAGAGGAUCGCUGAGGUCAAGGCCAAGUAUGAGUGGUUAAUGAGAGAACUGGAGGUGACCAAACAGUAUCUGAUGCUGGAUCCUAAUAAGUGGCUCAGUGAAUUUGAUCUGGAGCAGGUAUUUGAGCUGGAUUCUCUGGAAUACUUGGAGGCCCUGGAAUGUGUGACUGAGCGUUUGGAAAACCGUGUCAACUUCUGCAAGGCCCAUCUCAUGAUGAUCACCUGUUUUGACAUCACCUCUAGACGCCGAUAAAGUAUGAACCUCAAGAGAAUUUCAAUGCGCAUCUCUGCCAUCCUCCUUUUCCCUUCCAAACAGCAUCCCAAAGACAAAAGAAUGAGGAUGAAGGUUGGAGUCAAGUCUCAGCUGUGUGUAUGAGAGAUUUGCUAUACUAUACAGAGGAGUAGUAUUAGAAAAACAAACAGAACAAGCAUGGAAAAUGGAGAUAGAGGGUUGUUGAUACUCUUGGUCUAAAAGAGCACUUUGCAGAACCUUUUAAGGACAUGUCUGUAAAUAAGAACUGCUGGCAGAAGAUACUUCUUUCCCUGCAUUAGCUGAGGAAGGAGGAAAGGUGGUUGUGGGACUUCCAUUGAGAGGUUCAUUAAAAGAAAACCUAUCCAGAAAAACUGUUCAAGUGCCUUGCAAAUCUUUGUUAUCCAAACAUUUAUGUUCAUACUUUAUUGUGUACAGAUGGUGCUAGUUAAAAAAAGAAAAAGGAAAAAAAAGAACAAACAAAUACACUUUUGAAAUGUAUUUACAGCUUGUUUUUCUCUUGGUGUUUUCUCCUAUUUCAGACUUGCUGUUUCUAAGUAACUUGUGUUUGUAGAGAUAUUUCCUAAUCAGUACAACAUAUGAAUAAAUGUUAACUGUCUUUUCUUGUUACCAGAGUAAGGCCACUCAAAGAGAAAUUCAGCUUUCCCAGAUGACACAAACUUAUUUCUAGCAGAGAGUAAGGUUUGUUUAACUGCUCUUCUGUACUCUUUUAUAUGCUGGACAACACCAGCAUUUUCCCAGCCUGUAGGUUUUGCAGUGUAUGAGAGAGAAGUAACAUUACUGUAAAGUAAAUGUCUUUUCAAUUUGAUCCAACCCCCAUAACUUGUUUUCUUGUUCAUGUAUGUUUUGCUUUAUACUGGCUGGAGUUAUGAAUGAGGAGGUUCUUUUAUCCUAACCCCUUUUUCUGGUACUAGUAACUUGCUGGAAAAUUAUCCUCUAGCCUAAGGGUUCCCAUGUUUAUCAGGGCAAAAAUGAGUGAUUCAUUCUUUUUUGAGGCUAUGGCUGAUAAAAUUUAGCUUCACCUCUUUAUGACAUAUACCACUGCGAGACAUGUUUUGUCAGCUUCUGAUCCCUGGCCCAGUGUGUCCAAACUCACAGAUGUGCCUGAGAUGCACAGGCUCUGCCCAGCUCAGCACAUCUGGAAAUAAGCAAAUGAGUAGAUACAGCACUUAAAGCAUGUUGGCUAUGGCAUCUUUACUAAUCUUCAGUACCUGAAGCCAUGGCGAAAUUCACAUUGACGUCAAAAGGACAAGAGUCUGCACCUCCAUACACAUCCGAUUAUUCUACUAGUUGGCCUCUUUAUCUACAAAACAGGAUGUGGGAAGAAACAUCCUUUGUAUUUCAUAAACAACUGUGCAAAACCUGCAUUUUAAUUACAUAUGAGCAUGAAGAAUAAUUUUGUUCAAUUAGGUUUCUUAUUUCUCUGUACUGAAAUAAGCACAUUCACAAAAAUGCCUCUCUUGCAUAUAUUUGUGCAAUCCUCCUGUUGCUUAUGAGGAAAUAAGACUCCCAUUUAAUACACUCAAAAUGCAUCAAUUAACUGCUGUACUUAUAUCCAACUCUUCUGUUACCUGCACCAUCGUAUCAAUGCUGUCUUACAAUACCCCAAGCAGCAAGCCCCAAUGGAAAAAUAAUACUGGUAGAUUUUCUAGUGGUUAGGUGAACAAAAAAGGUUUUUUAAAAAGUAGAAGUAACAUUUGUGUCAUUUUAUUUUCUUUUUGUGCUGUACAAUUUGUAAUAACAUAUCUUACUCACUCUGUUAACCUUGUCACUGGAUUUUGUAGAAAAUUCUGCUUGCAAUCCUUAUAUAGGAUUAUUUGGAAAGGAAAAAGGUCCUAUGUGAAAUUCUCUUUCUAGUCUGUUCCACAGUGAUUUCCUGUCAUGAAACUUAUAUUCUAAGUAAGUGUUAAAGACAUAUCCCUUUCUCUCUCAAAGGAAAACACUCCAACCAACUCCAAAAAACCCCCCAAACAAAGCAAUUUAACUGGCUUUCUUCUCUUUAUAGCAAUUUCAGUAGCAGUUACUAUGUAUUGGUUCUUUGGAGGCCAUCUCUUCUCUGCAGAGCCUCAUGGACUGAGUACAGCUGCAGAGAGCCAAAGAAAUCAUCCCUGCACACAGUCCACGACUUACACAGGAGUGGUGGUGUUUCUAUAAAUCAAGUGGACACAUUUUGGAGCUUUUGUAAAAUACCUGUUGCAUGUAAUAUGCCUCACCCACGUUAACUCAAUUAUUCAUUGACUCUUGAUUUGGGACUUUCGUAGCCUAGGAGGCACAGCAAAAAGCACAUGUACCUAGCCAUUAUUUUAAAGAGUAAGAGCAUAUGUUCACCCUGUUUAUCACAAUGGACAAAAGUUAAUCCCCGAAGCCAAAUUGAUUAUGCCAAGGAUGAAUUUUGCAUACUAAAAAUUAUGUACUAAUUGAGCAGAAUUCCAGUACUUACAAAUAUUUUAUUUCUGAGGACCUAAUUAGAGUAGCCAUUAACUCCCAUAAUAUACUAGUAUUCAUAUUCUAAAAUCCGUAUGAAGUCUUUCUGUCAUCUCAUUUCAGAAUUUGCUGCUGUGUUUUUAAGAACUGUGAUGGCUUAAUACAAAAAAAAGGAAUGAAAAAUUUGUGGAGAUUUGACAUGAUAAAAUGUUUUUUUCUUGAGAACAGCUUUUUACUUCAGAAUUUAUAUUAUUACAAUUCAGGUGUUUGCAGAACAAAUAAAGCAAUUAGGACCUUAUUAUGAAAUUGACCUCAGCUUGCGGUAGCCAACAUUUUUAGAGAAGACACAUACACUUCUGCAAGUUAUCCAGGAAACCCUAUUCUUUAAGGCAUUGCCAGCAUAAUGCUGUUUUUAUGCUGAUUUUUUAAAAGGCAUCAUGUUGCCCAAAAUACACAAGAGCAACAUGAAUGUAAUGCCUAAUCAUUUUCACAUUCAGAAAUCAAUUUUAUUUCCCUGGGACAGCUUUAGUAGGAAACAGCAGUGUUAAUGUAAUUAGGUUUGAAGGUUAAUUCUUUGUUUGCACGUGUCACAGGAGAUCGCAGCUCUUCACUGUCAGGCUGUGAGAUGACUGUGGAACACCCACGCUGCUCCACAUCCCACGGGCACCUCGGAGCGCUUCCGGAGAACGGUUCCUCUUGGCAUACGUGACCCUUAUCCACACAAGGGACAGGAGUUGCUCUAUAGCCAUAAAUUGAGGUGUAAGCAUGGGCUGAAGACUUUGGCUGUGCUGUGGAUUCGGAUGUCCCUCUGGUCUGUGUGAGCUCUCACCGCAGGCAGAAGCUGCUCUGGCUCUGGGUGCUGGGUCAGUUUGUGCUCUGAAGGGUGUUGGAGAGCCCUAAUUCCUGGUACAUCUGUCACACAUUUUCUUUUGCCAUGCAGGCCUUGCAUUUGCCUCAAAAUAAUUCCUUGUCGAUUCAUUCAGAUCUAAGUAAUCUCAAGUAUUACUUUACAGAAAGACAAGGAAGGAAACUAAUACUCUAUUAGGUUUUCUUCUCAUCUGACUGAGGCACAAUUGCAUUAAGAAUCAGAAGAGUCACAACAGAGGAAACCCAGUUGUGAGGAAAAUUCAUCCAUCUGCCAUGUUUUGGGGUAUUUGCUGCUAGUUAUACAGUAGAAGAUCAAGCUACUCUUACGUAUUCAACACCCCCUCAUUUUGUGUAAGGGGCACACACAUGGCUAUUGCUGAACAUCUGUCUUCGAUCCAGUCUUAGAAGACCCUCUGCCAUAAAUCCUGGCUUCUGAAUACUGGCACCGAGCAAUGGCAUGAUCCUCUGACAUGAUUCUAGUGAGAGUUGCAUAAAAAGGUACAAAAAGGGAUCAAAGAUAUACACUGGCUUUUUUUUUUUUUCUUUUAUCUCUGAAUGUGGCAGUUAUAGAGGCUGAAAGCUGGGAGUGAUGCUGGGAGUAAUACACACUAAAUCCCACGUUUGCUCACAGUCUAUCUUGAAGUGUGGGUUUUAUUUUUUCACUUUUUUCAUUUAUCUCAACAGUAUGGCUUGUUUUCAAAUAGGGACCUGUGGCAUGGAAUUCAAAUAUAAUGACAGCUGAAAAAUAUAAACUCUUUUACAAAACUCACCUUUUACAAAUGUGUGUGAUUUUGCUGCAUCAUUUUUUAUGAGCUAAAACUCAUUUUAGAAACAAAAGUUGUAUGUGCACAGAUAAAUACACAGGCACACAGCCUGAGAUGGCCCCCUCGCACGCUGCUGUGGGGAGGGGGCAGAGCUGCUCACGAAUGGCAGCACCACCACUCCCCUUCUCUCCUCCAAGGAGUGCCUGCCUACAAAACCAUUCCCCUUGCACUCACCUGGAUGAAGAUAACUUAUGCCACACUAUGGGGAAAACAUACGCUUGAAAGUCUUUCGAGGGCUUCUUUAAAAGUUUCUUUCUUACCCAGGUUCUUCAGCCUGUGUAGCCAAAUUGCUGCAUUUCCCACGUAGAGGCUGUUAAAGCCUGUAAAAUAUUCCAGAUGAACUGCUCUAUAUUUCAGAGUGUCAUGAAUUUACGGCAAGAUAUUUUAUAAUCUCACCUGUUUAACACAACAAUUUCUGCAUGUGCUUGAGGCAUACACCAUAGUUACAUCAACUGAGAGCCUGCACUCUCGGUGAUCUGCGAAGCUUUCUGUCUAGUCCUAACAGACUUAAAAUUGUAAACUGAAACUUCUGCAUUGCAGAAGCAAAUUCAGUUCUCCUAAGCCAGAGGCUGAGCGACCUCUGAUGCCAGUUCAAAUGAUGGGAAGGAUGGUUGCACAGCAUCAGGGAUGCGCCAGUUUGCUGCAGAGAUCAAAGCAUUGGUACCAUUAAAUACCGAUAGGAGUGAUGAUGACCAUAGAGAGAGCCAUUUCUUCUCAAAUCCAUGGAUGGUGGUAUACCUUGCUUAAUCCUGAUGCCCUCAUGGUCUGCGUUUCGUGACUCCACAGGCUUUUGCAUUGGCAACACACAGCAGUUUUUGAAGACACAAGGCUGGCUGUUGCUAGCUGUCCUGAGAUUUCUAAGAGGUUUCCAAAUAACCAUAGCAAACAAAACUGUGAAUGAUUUGUCAAUGCAAAGUUAAUAAUCUCUCUCUCUUGCAUUUAUUGUGCGCUCAUCCCAGGGUUAUCUGAGCUUCCAUACCUGUUCCUGGAAAUAAUAAACCAUUUUAUUAUUGUCUUUAUCUUUUCUUCUUUCUCCUCCUCAAGCAACCUUUCAAAACAAAAGAAAAUUUUCCCUUGGAAAUGUAGCACCCUUUUGCCACCAAAUUCACGAACAGCAGUUUCGUGCUCACUUAUGCAAAUUUUUGAAGCUCACAAAGGGCGUGGUGAUUCUGCAAAAAAUGGAGGUGCUGAAAGUGAAAUAGUAGCAUUCAGUAGCAUUCAGCUAUAGUAUUUCAAACUACCUUCAAACCCUCUCGGACAGGAUAUAAAACACAGCCCAAGCCAUCUUACUUUGAGUGGCCCUACUUAAGUAUUGAGCAAACUUUAUAAUAAUGGUAAUAAAUUGGUGCUUGAGGCAGUUUCAGCUAUAUUACAUAUUCUCUAUAUACUAUAGAUAUGGAUGUAUUCACCUUCUUUAUUGUAUAUGUAUGUGUGUGAGUAUUUACAUGUAGCACACAUACAUAUAUGUUUUAUGUAUGCAUAGAUACUAACUUUUCUACAUUUUACUUCUUUCCCUCCCACAGCUGAAACUGCUGGUUACUAACAUCCACAUCCACAUCAUAUUCUAUGUAUGAAGGAUAUUAAUUUAUUUGUAAACUCAGGAUGUUCUUGUUUUAUAGAGUUGCUUGUAUUUUAUAAUUUAUUUACACAUCAUGGUUGGAAAUGCUUAUCUAAGUGCUAUGCAUUGAAGUGUAUGUUUGCUAAAUCCAUUUCACUCUGUCCGUGGCUAUGUUCUUUCUCAUUAUAACAGUGGUAUAUAAUAGGGAUAAGGAAGAGAGAAACUGAUAGAUAUAGAAACUUACGCUGGUCCCAUCAUUGGGCAAUUCCAGAAGAGGAUGUAUCAGUAGUGUGUGUGUGUGUGUAUAUAUGUAUAUAUAUACACACAUAUAUAUAUUUUAGCAACUAAAUUUUAUGGGGAAUAAAGGAGAAAGAACAGCAUGAGGACAAGUUCAAAAUGUGGAAAGUCACAGCCAUUUCCAAGUUUGUCAAAAAAUGCAUUGAACCUUUUGCCAUUAAAAUUGUAAAGUUUAUUGUUUGCUGGCUAAAAAAUAUCCCUUUUGUGGUAUCUGAGGUGUGAAACAUUGUC